AUGUUGCAGUGCGUCAAUUUCGGUUUGAAAAUACUUCAACUAAGCGCUAUUUGUGCUGUCCUCACUGUGCUGUUGCAAUUGGCAGAUUCGACAGUCUAUUCGGAGUCCGAAUCCAAUUCCAAAUCCGUUGAGCAACUGUCGCAACGUAUUUAUGCUUUGCUGGAUAAAUUAUCGUGUGGCAGGAAACUGAAUGCGAGCGCCAAGUUUUCAUUGUUGUUGGCCGAAUUUCUGAUAAAACAGAAAAUGCGCUACGUGGCGCCCACACGAUUCGACAGGCAGUUAUAUUAUCAUCUGCUGCAUAGAAUGGAAAACAUAAUGCGGCAUGCAACGUUAAACAAUCUGAGUGCCCUCGAGCAGAUUAUUCUGGAGAAUGCCUUUCAGCGCAAUGUGCUGCUGUUGCCACCAUCUAUAAAAUAUGGUGCGCUAAAUACAAAUGCUGAAUACGAGCUGUUGGCCAUGAACUAUGAAAGCCUGGUUAAUAGGGGUGCACCAAAUAGCACUCAAUCGGAUCGCUGCAUGCGGGAUAUCGUCACCCUCAAUACCGGAAACUGCAAACUCAGCCGGGAUUGCCUAGAGGUCCUUACGAGCGAAGCGCCUGCUUACGGUUAUCAGCGUACUCAUCAGGUACUUCUACUUUAUAUGCUGGAGCAUCACAAGUGUGCCAUCCGGCUGAGUCCCCCUCAGCUCUACGAGCAGUUGGCCAAGAGUCACUGCAACGAAAUUCUCAAUGAGCAAAAUGCGAUACGCAGCUUGGCUAUGGGAUUGGGCAAAUAUCAGGAUUUGUUUCUCGAGCAAGCUACAAUUUGUGGACUUUAUGGCUAUAACGAGUUUCUCAACUGGCGCAAUGUAAUGGAAAUUGGCAGCUGGUAUGCUGUUGAUGAUGCCAAUAACGAACACAUUAACGACUUGGCUCUGGUUUUCUAUAUUAACGCCUUGCUGCUGCUGCAUUAAGUCCAGGGUAAUAUUGAUGCUAUUCCGGAAGAUGAUGCUGAUGCUUAUGAUGAUGAUGAUGAUGAAGAUGAUGAUGAUGCUGAUGAUGAUGAUACUUUUAUGUUUAUGCUCGCUUUGUUUCACUUCUAACUGUUGCUUCUGCUAACUGUGCUUUGAGAGUAGAAUAACUAUAAUAUAACCGAAUA